UGUUGUCUUGACUGGAGGAGAUAGAGAACAUUUUGAGGUCCGAGAAGAAACGAAAGUGUGCUCUCAAAAACAUCGAAACUGGUGCAAACUUGGCCAAAGCGUAUUAUAAACACCAUCGUUAUGGCAAGGAAGAAAAGCAAGCAGCAAGUGGUUACCCAGAAGGAUCUUGUGCCUGGACAGCAGACGGUACCGAAGAGCCCAGUCUCUCCCGGCGAUGCAGCUGGCGGUGGCGGCGGAGAUGCUGGGCUGGAUAGGCUGGCCACUACCAGGGCGAACCAGCCUAUGCACACCUGCUGCCUCUUGUGUCACCGUGAAUUUAAGGACUGGGGAGCAAGCUCUGUGAACGGGCUCCCUGGGGGACAUGGGACCAAGCUGGCUGAUGCCGUGCCUGCACUCUCCCAGGCCUUAUUGCGAGAGGCACCAGGUCGUAAGCUUGCUGAUGCGGUUCCCUCACUGUCUCAGUCCCUGUUGGGAGAGGUGCCUCUGUGGAUCUGUCAGAGUUGCUGUAAAAGUGUAGAAGAAGAGGAAAGACGGAGCACCCAGGAGCAGCCGACAUCGGUGCCAUUAUCACACUCAUCCUCGUGCAAGUCCCAGAGCUGUGGGAAUGGUUACCCAGAGCAAAGUACAGUGGACUGGGACCCGAGUUCCUUCCUGUCAGCCCACAAACUGUCAGGAUUGUGGAACUCUACUCACACCAACGGAGGGGAACUCUGCAACCACAACACUUCUCCACACUCACAGCAAGCUCCAGGUGUAACUGCAGGAUCGUCCUGUCAUGAGAAACGAGGACUUCAUGAAGCGCCUGGAAAAUCUGCUAAAGUGUCGGGGACCAAAGUCUGCCCGUACAGUCACCCCUCAUCCCAAAAUUCCAGUGGAUCCUCUGCUGGGAGCCCCUUGUCUACCUCAGCAGACCUCUGUAAAACCACUCCCAAGCACUUCAAGACCAUGUGCCGUCGACCAACGCCACCAGGUGAAGCCUUCCAUCCCAAUGACCACCAUCAACAUACAGACUUGUCGGUACCCCCCAACAGUCCUACUGGCCUGUCUUCCCAGCAUUCCUCACUUCUCCCCCAAAAGCCAAGCUCUGGGCAGCAUGUCCAUGUAACCUCCUCCUCCGGCACUGGUGUGGCAGCUCACGCUCCGUUCUCCCCGCUGGUACCAAACCUUCACGGCCCCACGGCCAAACUCAAUUCUCCUAGUCCAGACAGCCCAACAUCUGUCCAUAAGCCAAGCCCAUGCAAAAACUCCCACAUUCCCGCUGUGAACUCUCAACACAGCAAACUGGGCACGUCUAUGAUUGGCUGUAACCACGCAUGCAAUGGGCAUAGUGGGGGAACGGUGGCUUCAUCCAAUGUGGGCCAUCUGACAGCUGGAGCCUGCAGGGACCAGGCAUGUAAGGGGCAUAAACUGACAAAUGGGACAUUGUGCCAUCCUUCAUCAGAGCUGGAGGAGGGGGAGGAUGAAGACAGUAGCUCUGAGAGGAGCUCUUGUGCCUCCUCCUCCACCAACCAGAAGGAUGGGAAGUACUGCGACUGCUGCUACUGCGAGUUCUUUGGACACAAUGCGCCCCCAGCUGCACCAACGAGCCGGAAUUAUGCUGAAAUCCGAGAGAAACUCCGAUCGCGCCUGACGCGGCGUAAAGAGGAGUUGCCUCAGCGUCAGGACUCAGAGCUGACAGUGGCUGGUGCCAUUGACAACCGGGACGUGGAUGAGCUGCUAGACUUCAUCAACAGUUCUGAACCCAAACCUGUCAACAGUGCCAAGGCCGCCAAGCGGGCGCGACACAAACAGAAGAAAAAGGAGAAAGCCCAGCAGGGCAACCUGGGCGCUGCAGGCAGCGACCCUCACUCCAAUCCAUCGGAGCCUGCUGAUGAGCACAUCCCUGAUGGUUCUGAAGCCAGCAGGUUGUUGGAUUGGCCACAGCUGGAACUUGAACGCGUCAAUAGUUUUCUCACCAGUCGGCUCGAAGAGAUUAAAAACACCAUCAAAGACUCAAUCCGGGCCUCAUUUAGCAUGUAUGACCUCAAUCUGGACGUCAAUGACUUCCCAAAGAAGGCAGCCACACUGGAGAGCAACCAUUUACUCUCCCAUCUCAACGGUUCCUCAGACCUGCAGCAAAUAGACCUUGACCUAGCACCUCUUUCACUGGGAACCUUUAAGAGCCACCUGGAUUUGGUUAAUGGUUGGGAGGACACAACCACUGUCUCAUCCCCGAAUACCACCGCCACCACCACCACCACCACCACAGCAUCAGGAGUCACAGCUGGGUCCAAAGACAUCCAGAGGUUACACACUACCCCUAGUCUCUCCAAGCUCAUAAGGGUUCGCUCUCCAGAAAGGUGUACUUCAGCUGGAUCUGAGAUUUUGCCGCAGGUGCCAGUCCAAGCAACAGCUAAAUCAAAGGAGGAUUCCAUCGACUCCAAGAACAACACAGCUGGUAACGGGGGUGCAAAGUCAAAGAAGAAUAAAAAGCAGCAGCAGCAAAGACAGGAGCAGUGUGUUUUGGAGCAAAAUUCCAACAAAACCACCAAAGCAGUCCCUGUGAAUGAAACACAGAAAAUAAAUGAGUGUAAGGUCGUUGAAGUGAAUUCAAAUGGCUCAAAAGUUUUGAACAAACAGCUCCAGCACUCGGCGGACAUCCAGAGAAAUGGGCCCAAGAAGGCUGAGGAGGCCAGAUUUCCCAGAAACACAACCAGCGGCACUAACGGUGGCCUUUCCAAUGCACAAAAGGGGAAAAGCGACACAGAGACGCGUGGAAGUCGACCUGAGCAGGAAUCAGAAAGCAAAGGCCAUCCCUCUGUUUCUGCAAACGGACAGCAACUGCAGCAACCAAAGGGCAAAAGCAAGAAGAACAAGAACAAGGGUGAAAAAUCCAGCAGUGCUAUCGAUGAUGUGUUUCUCCCUAAAGAUGUGGAUCCAACUGAAAUGGAUGAGAUCGAUCGGGAAGUGGAAUACUUCAAAAGGUUUUGCCUUGAUUCUGCAAAACAAACACGCCAGAAGGUAGCAGUGAAUUGGUCCAACUUUAGCCUAAAAAAGGUUCCUUCCAAUGCAGCUCAAUAAAUUGGAUGAGUGCCAGAAGAAGAAAAAAAACUUCACACCACAAACUCUUUCAGUAGAGCGCUAUCUGGCCUGAGGCCUUCUCUCAUUCCCCUGUUUUCUUCUCUUCCUUACUAAGCCAAGGGACCCUGGUUCAAAAUCAUACUCCAUUCAGAGGACUGAAACAACUUGUGGCUAACAAGCCAGGGAUCACUCAAGGCCAACUCUACCCUUUGCUAUUACUGCAAUGUUCACUGAGAGAUGCAAAAUGGAAAAAAGUCUGUUGAAUCCACUGCAUCCAUGUGCUUAAGUAUGUAGUAUGUAAACAAUUACCUUACAUGAAAUAAAUGUUUUUUAUCACAAAUCUGAGACAUUUUAACGUUGUUAAACUUCUGAAUGCCGAUCCAGUUGAAUUUGGUGCUCAUUAUCGAUUCUGCAUCGGUACUUUACUGCCCACUACACCAGUCCGAGUAGACACUAGAAAUGGUUGAUUUUAUACUGUAUGUAAUCUGUCAUCAUGGAGCACAGGCCAAAUUUGACCAGAUUGUAGUGACACACAGUUGUAACCUCCUUUUCUGCAGGAGGUUCACAACAGAGGAGAUUAUUGCAGUUAUUUUAACCGCUUGUCUUUCCAGUGUUUUCUCACAAGCAGACUGCAGUGCAUUUGGUGUUUGUUGAUGUUUUUUUUUUUUUUAAAUCGGAAUACUUUUUUCAAUUCUGUCAUGUGAUCAACACAAUAUUUAGAAAUCUAUGAUAGAAAAUGAAAUGGCAAACACUUGAUCUCCCAGCUUACACUGUUAUCUUUUGUGUGGAAUCAUGAAGCAACCUUAAAACAUAAUCCAUAAAUGUCUGACAGUUUCCUGUGCACCAACAACACUAAUAUAACCUUGUGGGAAAAUAUCAACUUACUGUGUUUAACACUUGAUUCACAGGAUGCAUCUUGAAAUAUAUAAGCAGGUCCCCAUGCAUGAUGUUUAGAACAGAAGAGUCUAAAUACUGUCCCCCCAGUCCUGUAUUGGCCAACGUUUAAUGUGUCUCUUGCUUCAAUGUCAGUCCUCCCAUGGUGUUAACCUUAAGCAAUUAUAACUUCGAUAGUGUUACCCAGUAUACAGUAGAUCUGUGGUCUAAUGCCUUGUCAACAUUCUGCGGUCUCUUGUUCAGUAGAAGUCCUUUCUCACACUUGUUUUAACUUCUAUAUUCAAGCAGUGACAGGUGCACCGGUGUGCAAUGCUUUUUUUAACGUUGGAACCAUCGAACUUUGUUUAAAGCACUUCAUUUUAUGCUUGUACAUAUUGAGUGAUUAUUUUGGGCCCUUUUGAGCCUUUGUCAUGAGUUUCUGGGGUGUGUGUGUGUGUGUGUGAGAUAAAUAUUUUCAACCAUACCACUCUCCCUGUACUGUGACUUGGUGGCACCCUCCACCUCAGCAAGCUUCUCUGAAGACCCCGUCCUGAUAAUCCUGGGACGGGGACCAUGAGGUUUACACCAGUAACCGUGUUUCAGCUGAUGGCUUUCUUUGAGAUGGAUGAUUUCUUUCCUGAGUCUGUUGGAAUUCUGUUUUCAUAUAACAUCUGAUGCUUUCCAGGUUAUAUUCAGUUAGAGAAGAUUAUCUUACUGUCCGAAUGUAGAUUUAUACUAUACCUAUAAUAGCCAAGUGUAUGUUGGCUUGUUUCUUUUUUUAAAGUUCACUUUUGAUACUGUGAAAAAUCUUUCGUACAGAAAGAUUAAAAACAAUACAGUUUUGACAAAA